AUGACUGGCACCGAUAACCCCAACCCCGGCAACUUUGCCAACCGACCCAAGGAAGAGGUUCAAGAGAUUGCUUCCAAGGGCGGAAAGUCCAGCCACUCCGGUGGAUUUGCCAGCAUGGACGCCGACAAGCAGAUCACCCAGCGAGAGAUUGCUUCUGAGGGCGGCAAGGCAUCAUCGGGCUCUUUCGAGCCUGGUAGUGAGAAGGCCAAGGAAGCUGGUCGCAAGGGUGGACUGGCUUCCUAG